UCGCAACCUUUUCUUAAUUUUUUUUUUGGGCUUCGCCAGCACUCAUCCGCAAAGCAUUCGUCGCAUCAAGUCUCCUUUCGUCGAUUUCCAUUUCGGAAUUCCCAGGAGUGCGCGAGAUGUCGGAAGAAGACAAGGAGCUUCUAGCUCGCAUCGGCCAGCUUGCCGGUAUGUGCAUCACCUCACCUCCUUUGCGUGGCUCGCCACUCACGCCCGGGGACGCAGGACAAAUCAACCGGCACAAGAAUCAACAAACCGGAGCUGGCGUUGCACAGAGCAUGCACCCGACCCCAACACGGCGUGAGACCUACGUCGCAGGGCCCUUCCGACGCCGCUCACAGUAUGCAGAUAACCAAUAUCGACAAGCGACCGCUCCAUACUCGUUCUCGCACCCGCGUGGCGGCUACAGGGGCGGACGAGGACGGGGAGCGCCGGCACCCCACCGCCAUCGCACCCUUCAUCUGAACAACUCUCGGCCUGGCACCGAGGCCAGCACCCCCAGCGGCAGCGUCACGCCUGAUGGCUCGACAGCCUGGGUCACGCGAAAUGACCGCCACCGCCAGCUCAUCAACGCCAACGUAUACGAGAAGGAAGCGCAGAACCGGGUCAAGGCCAUUGAGGAGACGCGCCAGCGCAAGCUGCGAAAUCACCGGCUCAAGGAGAAGAUGCGAUUCAACGACUACAUGCAACAGCAGCAGGUUUCGUCUGCUGCCGUAUCUAACCCGUCACCCCAGGAUGUAAGAAACGAGCUCAUCAUUGCCGGGUUGCGGUUCCGCGUCAUGGACGGGGGAAAGAAGCUGGCGAGGAUAAAAGACGACGCUACUGCCUCAAUGGAGACACCAAAGAGCACCACGGUUGCAAGCGUCGUAUUCCAUCGGACUAAGACGGGCAAUCUCGUCGCCAACCGCGUGGUGCAGGACCAUCGGUAUGUCGCGGCCUCUCGGUCGGGCGAUUGGCUGACUUUUGGCAGACGAUCCGGCGGCGUCAAGAAAGUCGACGUGCCGUGCAGGAUCUUCUCUUCGACUGGUAAAUACUACAUGACAAGCUUGGACCGGGCAAUCCCUCGAAACCACGGAUGUUACGGUGCGUAUGGAACACGACUGACUGGCGUUGCAGGUUCAUGCCCCAAGGGCCCAUCGUGUCGGUUCAUGCACGACCCGCACAAAGUCGGCGUGUGCAAGGACUUUCUCAAGGACGGGAAGUGCGCAAACGGCGAGUUGUGCGACCUAUCCCACGAGCUGACCCCGGAACGCGUCCCCAACUGCCUGCAUUAUGCCAAGGGCUACUGUGCCAAGCCCGAUUGCGUGUUUACUCACUCCAAAGCAGCCCCCACUGCACCCGUGUGCCAGGCGUUCGGCUUUUGCGGCUACUGUGAAAAGGGGGCCGAGUGCGGCGAGCGGCACGUAUUCGAAUGCCCCAACUUCAGCAACACGGGCGUGUGUAAGAACAAGGGAUGCAAGCUCCCGCACCGCGAGAGGGCAAGCGUCCUUCGGGGCAACGCGGCCGGAACGGACCAAGACAUGGAAGACAUUUCGAGCGACGACGGCUCGGUAGACUCAGACGACGUCGACUCAGACGAUGUGGCCGAGUAUAUCGAGGCCGACUCGGACGACUCGGACUUUGAGAACCCCAAGGACUUUCUUCCCAUCUAGAUUUGCUUGCCGUUGCGCCUUUGCUUUACCUUUUUUUUUUUCUCUUUCUGCGCGGCGAUACCCACUGUUCUCUCCUGAACAGGUAUAGGUUUAUAUGAUGGCGAGGGAACCGACGAAGCAGGAUGAAGCGCUGACCGCUCCGGCCGGAGCUUGCCAGCCCUCCAGUACGUGUGUGCCCCUCUGCCAUGGACGCCAUAGAAGGCGUGACUGGGCGGAAAGAGGAUACGUGAAACGAGGCAGAAGACGAAGAAACAAAGAAGAGAAAGAUAGCGGUAUCAUAGCUGAAUGAAAAAGUACG